AUGAGUAAGCUAUUGAAACUGAGCUCUACGGCGUUUCUAGCGUCAGUUUUGACCAGUUCUUACUAUUUUUACGCGGUCGACCGUGACGGGUACCAUUACCAGAAUUCGAGCUGGAAACGAAUGAGUGACUACGUGCAAGGUGUGAUAGACCGUAGGGAGGACAUUGUGGGGGCUACGUCGAGUGACAAGCCGCACGAUGUGGUUAUAAGGCCGUUUGGCGAAACGGUUAAAGAUCUUUGGAACCAGCAAGUGAGAGAUGUCGCGAGCUGGGUUUACUCGUGGAGCUAG